GUGUAUUGAUGAUUGCACACUCUGGUUGCAGAAAGAAGAGAUUGUGUCACUACGAAAUCCACACCUUCCAUCUCAAAUAUGUUCGACGCCACUGAUGACGGCUAAAAUCGUCGCGCGAGUGAUGGAGCAACUUCGUCUAAUCAAUAAUGCAAGCAAGCAUCCACCCUCUGCCUCUAAUAUCCAAGUUUUAGAAAUGGGCCGGGCUUUCAUUAGAGAAGCCGAAGAAGCUUCUCCUCAAAAUCUGUGGCGGGCGGAUAAUGAGAUAGCCCUUCGCCUUCUCCUCACCACAUUUCAUUUCCAAAUCUCCUCCCCAAUUUCAUUUCUACACUCCACAGAACAACCAAACCAAUUUCUUCUCUAUCCAGCCAAAAAUCGCCGACCAAUUGGUGUCUCCUCCGGCAAUCAGCCAUGGCUAACAUGAUCAUGGCCUCCUCCAAGCCCUUGCUCUACUCUCCUCCCACCGCCGCCGCCAAUCCAAAACUCCCCAAAUUCUCCCUCCCAAUCAACAACACAAACAACAAAUCGGCCCAAUCUCAAAUCACCUCCGCCGCCUUCAAACCCGCCUCCCUCCUGGCCACAAUCUCCCUCUCCGCCGCCGCCUUCGCUCCGCCGUCUCUUGCCGCGGAGAUCGAGAAGGCCGCUCUGUUCGACUUCGACCUCACCCUCCCGAUCAUGAUGGCGCAGUUCCUGCUCCUCAUGGUGGGGCUCGACAAGGUCUACUACUCCCCGCUCGGGAAGUUCAUGGACGAGAGGGACGCCGCCAUCAAGGAGAAGCUGAACAGCGUGAAGGACACGUCGAGCGAGGUGAAGCAGCUGGAGGAGCAGGCGGCGGCGGUGAUGAGGGCGGCGCGGGCGGAGAUCUCGGCGGCGCUGAACAAGAUGAAGAAGGAGACGCAGGAGGAGCUGGAGGAGAAGCUCAAGGAAGGGAGGAAGAAAGUGGAAGGGGAGCUCCAGGAGGCGCUGGCGAAGCUGGAGAAGCAGAAGGAAGAGACGAUCGUGUCGUUGGAUGCCCAGAUUGGCGCCCUCAGUGAUGAUAUUGUGAAGAAGGUCAUUCCUGGGUAUGUCAAAUCGUGACGAUUCGAAUUCUGGUUUUGCAGAUCCCCACAAUGUUGAAUACAAUUUUUCUGUUUUGCUUGGAUGUAAGCUAUACCCUAAUUUGUAGUAAUUGAUAGAAUGAGAUGAGUUGUGUAAGCGGAAGUGCAAAAGGAAUAAGGCUUCCAUCGCAUCCCAUCCCAUCCCACCAUGGAUGGAGUUUGACUUGGGGUAGCAUGUAUUGAUACAAUGGAUGCAUUUUAACAAUACAUUGUUUAGUUGUUGAGAUUCUACUUUAUACAUUGAUUUACAUAAAAUUACUUUUACGGG